AACUUACACUCUCUUCCACCGAGGAAGAAUGUGGAAACAUGUGGAAGUGUUCCAUGCGGGACUUUAAUUCAUGAGUUAACUGUUGAUAGUUGAUAAAUUAAGAUCUAUCGAGGGGAAGUAAAUAGUAACAAUCUAUAGAUUAUAAAUCAUGUCUUUCUUUAUAAAAAGAUCCGCCAUACUGCCUACCGGCGAAAAGGCUGCUAGUAGUAAACGAAAGGCUGAUCGUCAGAGUGGAAAAGGCCGAGGGAAGAAACUCAACAAACGCCUGAAUGAGGAAAUCUCCAGCGAAUCAGAAAAUGAAAAUGAUGAAGCACAGGGUAGAAAGCAGAAGGACGAUGAGGAGGACGAGGAGAUCGAGGAGACGCCGCAGGAGAAGAAGCUGCGUCUGGCCAAGCUUUACCUGGAGCAGCUAAGAGAAGAAGAGGAGAAGAAGGCAGAAGACGAGGUAUUUGAGUCGGACCUGGUAGCGGGACGCUUGCGGGAGGACGUGCUGGAACAGAAAGGCAAGCUGCAGAGACUCAUCGCUAACGAGCUCAAAGCUCCGGAUCCUGGCGAGAUCCGCUUGCUCAGAGGCCACAAGCUAUCCGUCACGUGUCUGGUCAUCACCCCGGACGAGAAACACAUCUUCUCAUCAUCUAAAGACUGUUCCAUCAUCAAGUGGGAAGUGGAGAGCGGGAAGAAGGUGCAGAAGAUCCCAGGAGGGAGAAAAGGAACUGAGGAGCGGCACGUGGGUCACACGGGACACGUCCUCUGCAUGGCCAUUUCAUCUGAUGGCAAAUACUUGGCCACAGGAGACAUGAACAAGCUGAUCAUGAUUUGGGAAGCUGCCACAUGUAAACAUCUGUACAAGUUCACGGGACACAGAGACGCUGUUUCGGGUUUGGCUUUCAGGAAAGGAACACAUGACCUGUAUAGCGCUUCUCACGAUCGCUCAAUCAAAGUGUGGAACGUGGAUGAGAACGCCUAUGUAGAAACUCUGUUUGGGCAUCAGGACGCGAUCACGGCUUUAGACUGCCUGGGACGUGAGCGGUGUGUGACUGCGGGGGGUCGCGACCGAACGGUCCGUGUGUGGAAGAUUGCAGAGGAGACGCAGCUCGUCUUCCAGGGACACGAGAGCUCCAUCGACUGUGUUCAGCUCAUUAAUGAAGAACACAUGGUUUCAGGAGGGGAUGACGGCUGUGUGUCUGUCUGGUCCGUGAGCAAGAAGAAGCCUCUGACCACUCUGAAGCAGGCACACGGUCUCCAUGGCGACGCCGGGCUGGAAGGGCCGUACUGGGUGUCAUCAGUUGCGGCGCACAACUCUGACACCAUUGCCUCAGGCUCCCAUAAUGCUGCUGUACAGUUGUGGAAGUGUUUGCCGGGAUUUCGGGGCCUGGAGCCCAUCUUCAGCGUUCCAGUGAAUGGUUUUGUGAAUAGUUUGAAAUUCUCCAACACGGGCAAGUUUCUGGUGGCGGGUGUUGGACAGGAGCACAGACUUGGACGAUGGUGGAGGAUAAAAGAGGCCAAGAACGGACUUUACAUCAUUCCUCUGAAAAGACUGAACAAAGACUCUACGACGGUAGAGCAGGAACACGUUAACACACUCUGAAGACGCGAGUGGAGAUUUGUUUUUGCCUUCUUUAUUAUUCUGUUCUGUUUAAUACGAUUACAUUGUGCAGAAAUCAUAAAAUAAAGUACGUUUACGUUCCCAAA